UCUCAUUUGAAUUGAAAUAUGAAGUCACUGCAGGUUGCUGCUGUUCUUCUCCUGCUCCUGUUUUCUGGGCAAUCACUAGCACAUACGGUAUCAUUUUAUGUGCACAACAAAUGUCCCUUUCCUAUAUGGCCAGCAACGGCCCCAAACACCGGCCAACCGGUGAUAGCUAACGGAGGAUUCUAUCUUCCUCCGGGCCAGACGCGGCAGUUCGACGUGCCCUGGUCGUGGAACGGACGAAUUUGGGCACGGACGGGUUGCAAGUUCAACACGAAUUGGCAACCGGCUUGUGAAACCGGAGACUGUGAUGGAAGGCUCCAAUGCAAUGGACUAAUAGGAAAACCUCCGGUCACUUUAAUCCAAGUUGCACUUCAAGGUGAUAAAGGCAAGCCGAAUUUCUACGACGUUAGUCUGGUCGACGGCUACAAUCUUCCCGUUUCGGUCGGCACACAACCUUUUUCAACCAAAUGCUCCAUCGGAGGCUGCUUGAAAAACCUGAACAACUGUUGCCCUCAAGAGCUUCAAGUUGUUAACAAAAAUGGGGAAGUUGUUGCUUGCAAAAGUGCUUGCUUGGCGUUCGACUUCGACUCGUUUUGUUGCCGAAACGAAUAUGGGUCACCGGAAAAAUGCAAGCCGAGCUUGUAUUCCAAGAUAUUUAAGGAAGCUUGCCCUUAUUAUUACAGCUAUGCCUUUGAAAUGCCUCCACCAUUGGUGAAUUGUGCCGCAAAAGAAUAUGUGAUAACUUUCUGUCCUUCAGGUUGGGGGACUGAUCAAGCUUCCAUUUAAACAUUUUCUGCAAAUAAUAAACAGUUUCUUACCGUUUAAUUUGUAAACCUUAAUUCACUGUUUUCUUUUGCUAAUAAGAAUUGUUUUCAUUGGUGA